CGUACAGAAACCUAAACAUGUUUCGAUUUUUCGUUAUCCUUCUGUGCGUAACUAUCCUAUUUCCUGCAGAUCCAGUGCUCGCUCAGAAAGCUAUCAAAAUCAUCGCUACUCGGGUGUACCACUGCGCGGCAAAUGUCUCCGCCGUGGUAGUAAAUAAUUCCUCCGCUAUUGAAGUUUUGUACGAUACCUCCAAAAGCGGUACAAGCCUCGCUGCAUCUGGGCUGAGGAUUGUAGUACCCCAAAGCAAACAACAAUGCUUCGUGAACAUCGAGUUUGCUUGGGAGCCUGCAGAAGAUAAGGUGGCGGUCGAAAGCGUUACGACGAAGGGUGCUGUUCGUUUGGACAAAGGGGUUCGGAUGUCAGUGGAUACGGUGGCUGUGUGGAAGAAUCAACCAACUCCGACAAAUUUCACCCAAGCCAUUGCUUCCGGGCCUCUUGAGACCGAUGCCUUUGAACUAAUAUCCAGAAAUUCCUCUCGGGCAUUGUGGUCAGGUUGUGGGGCGAUGACGGUCCAGGGCGAUUCGCUUGCUGUGCAAACCACAUUCACAGUGUUUCCGGACGUCAAUGCAAAAAGUGCAGGAUUCGGGGAGAUAGGGAAAGCGAGCGUUGUAAAGCAAAGGCUGAACCUAAAGUGGUUGGGGUCAUGUCAAGAUCAGAACUACUGCGAGCAAACAGACCGAUAUGGGGGACCGAUGUGUGAUCUAAAGUGA